AUGAGUGCUGAAGGACAAGAACUCGCAUCCCAGUCAGGCUACGAAGAUGGCGCCGCCGGUGGUCCUGGUGCACCCACGCCACUCUCUGCUCUAGAGAGAGACAUCCAACUGUUCGUCGAAGGCGGAUUCCACACCGUCGAGUCAGUGGCGUACACUCCCAAGAUGGUGCUUGAGCGCAUCAAGGGUGUGUCUGAGCAGAAGGCAACCAAGGUCCUUGUAGAGGGUAACAUCGAUUCUAAUUCCGAUCGUCUGAGUAUGAGNCUGACACGGUUUCCAGCUGCCAAACUUGUGCCCAUGGGCUUCACGACUGCCACCGAGAUGCACGCACGCCGCAGCGAACUCAUUUCUAUUACGACUGGUUCCAAGCAGCUUGAUACCCUACUCGCAGGAGGAAUUGAAACAGGAUCUAUCACAGAAGUCUUCGGCGAAUUCAGAACGGGAAAGAGUCAGUUGUGUCACACGUUGGCGGUAACCUGCCAACUACCAUUCGAUAUGGGUGGUGGUGAAGGCAAGUGUCUUUACAUCGACACCGAGGGUACCUUCAGACCUGUCCGUCUGCUUGCAGUGGCGCAAAGAUAUGGUCUCUCAGGAGAAGAGGUGCUCGACAAUGUCGCAUACGCACGUGCAUACAACUCGGAGCAUCAACUCGAUUUGCUCAAUCAAGCGGCACAAAUGAUGACAGAAACACGCUUCUCGCUUUUGAUUGUCGAUUCAGCAACGGCACUAUACCGCACAGAUUUCUCUGGACGUGGUGAGCUUUCGUCGAGACAAACGCAUCUGGCAAAAUUCAUGCGCACAUUGCAACGCUUAGCAGACGAGUUCGGCAUUGCAGUACUCAUCACCAACCAGGUGGUCGCACAGGUAGAUGGCGGACCGAGCGCCAUGUUUAACCCAGACCCGAAGAAACCCAUUGGUGGUAACAUUAUCGCACACGCCAGUACAACACGUCUCAGUCUGAAGAAGGGUCGUGGAGAGACCAGAAUAUGCAAGAUCUACGAUAGUCCCUGCUUGCCCGAGAGCGAUGCCAUGUUCGCCAUCAAGGAGGACGGUAUCGGCGACCCCAGCCCCAAGGACCUCGACAACAACUAA